AGCGCUCUGCUUGUACGUCACGUCCGGUGAGCCCACUGGCGACAACGGCAACAUGGCUCUGAACGGUGCUGAAGCCGACGAUUUCUCCUGGGAGCCCCCAACCGAAGCGGAAACGAAGGUUCUGCAAGCGCGAAGGGAGAGACAGGAUCGCAUCUCCCGGCUCAUGGGCGACUACCUGCUGCGUGGUUACCGCAUGCUGGGCGAGACGUGCGCGGACUGCGGGACGAUCCUCCUCCAAGACAAACAGCGGAAAAUCUACUGCGUGGCUUGUCAGGAGCUCGACUCAGACGUGGAUAAAGAUAAUCCGGCUCUGAAUGCCCAGGCUGCCCUCUCCCAAGCUCGGGAACACCAGCUUGCCUCUGCCUCGGAGCUCCCCUUGGGCUCUCGGCCAGCCCCUCAGCCCCCAGUACCCCGUCCAGAGCACUGUGAGGGAGCUGCAGCAGGGCUCAAGGCAGCCCAGGGGCCACCCCCUCCUGCUGUGCCUCCAAAUGCAGAUGUCCUGGCCUGCACACAGGAGGCCCUCCUGCAGAAGCUGACCUGGGCCUCAGCUGAGCUGGGCUCUAGCGCUUCCUUGGAGACUAGCAUCCAGCUGUGUAGCCUAAUCCGGGCUUGUGCUGAGGCUCUGCGCAGCCUUCGGCAGCUGCAACACUAAGAGGCCCCUCCUGAGAAAAACCCUGUCCAGAAAAACAGCUGUCCUCUUGUGUGGUUUGUUCUUUUCUUGGUUCUGAGUGUGCAUGCCAGCUCCAGCUCCACUCGUCUUUUUCCUACCUUUGCCUCUUACCCUACCAGUCUGCGCUCCUUGAUGCCCUGAGAGAUUAGUUGGGCUUGUUUGUGCUUGGUUUCCCCCACUCCGAAUGAGGGAGGAGGGAGAGGAUUAUGUGACACUUUUUUUCUGAGGUGGAGGUCAUAGCCUCCCUCAAAAGCAGGAACAAGAGGGGUGGACCUCUGCGGCAUCCCUGCAGCCUCCUCGGCCAUCCAGUGCUCAGUUCCCACCCUUGAGUGUGAUUUUGGGUUCCAGUCCCCUUUGGUUACCUUCUCCUUCCCCUGAG